AUGGGUGAAAUAUUGAGCUCUUUAUGUGUUGAGGAGUUCUAUAACGAAUUUAUUUCGAUAGAUCUUAAAAAUAUUUUCUUUUCUGAUCAAAUAUAUUUAAGAUUACGUUCUGUGAGUUGUCGCAAAUCAAGGCAUAAGGCUGUUCCUUGUAUCAUUCAUUGCGAAUUUGAGAAUGGAUUAAAAAAGAAGAUGGAACGUUUAUAUCGGCCUAUGUUGGAUUAUAUCAAUUCUACUCGUCAAUGCAUAUCUAUAGAGGACGAUUCGAAGCGAAGCUUUAAUCGAAGCAGAAACAGUUCUUCUUCAAGUGAGGAUAUCAACCAAUUUGAUGUCGGUAAACCCAAAAUUUUAUCAUUAGGUAUUCAACUCUUUCUUCAUGAAUGUAACUACGGAAAUUACCAUGAUAACAUCAGAAAUUAUCUACAGCAAUCAAUAUGGAAUAUUAAACUUAAUGUUGCAUUGUCAUCAACGUACAUAAAAUCCUGUCCUCCAAAUGAUAAUUUAGAAUCUUAUGUUGCCAAUGGGCCUAUGAUGCCUUGGUGGGCAAUCAGGACAAUCCAUUCUGGCAAAGAAGUUAUUCGCAUUAAUCUAUUUGUUAAUGAUUUGGAUAAUAUGUUGCAAUUCUAUGAAGUUAUACUGCGGCAGCAACCUCAAAUUAAGCGAAAAGAUUUUUGCUGUUUUACCUUAGUUCGAUAUCCGGAAUUUGAUUUUCAAUUUUCAUUGAAAGCAUUAAAUAAGUUAAGUCCUAAGCCCACCCCAACUGAUGAUUUCUUACUAGAAUUUUUUCACACUGGUUAUUCAUCACUAGUUAAUUUAUUACCAGAUUGCGUUACCCUAGUUAGCAAGAAAUGCUGGAAAAUAAAGGAUCCGGAAGGUAACACUCUCCUAUUACACGAAAAAUCAGUUGUUAUUAAAAAUUAA